ACACGCUCAUGCCCGUGCUCUACUGCAAGCUGUGCACGGUGCAGGUGCACGACGAUAUGUGGAGACUCGAGACCCAGAGCUCUCCAGAGACGAGCGCGCUCAUCCUCCAGCAAAAAGAGCAAAUUUUGAGGAGUGGGAAAAUGCAAAGCAAGCUGACUGGGAAGACGACGAGGUAUCAUGCUACAUUAAAAUGACUGUCAUGGAAGAUGAAACCGAUGUUCUUGGCUGGUGGAAGAUCAACAGACCUACCCAAAACUCACAAAAUUAGCCAGAUCAGUAAUGAAUAAUGUCGGGGCAGUCGGUCUGUAAACAGGUUCGGGCUUUAAAAAAUCUAAGUCAUUCGGGUUCGGACGGGUUCGGGCAGAAUUCUGUCAGGCUCGGGUCGGGUUUAACUUUUAAAGCCAGACUACAGCUCUAUCUAGAGGUCACCUUUCCAUGCAUUUCCCUCUGAAAGGGCACUAGAGAAGGACAUUUUUAACGUUUUACCUACUACAUUUCGACAUGAUAGCACCAGGAGGGGUGGUCUCCCCCCCGAGUACACCACCGAUCAAAUCUGUGGGAAUGUGGACGGGGCGGUAACCUUAUCUCAUACUUUUAUCACGGAAGCUGAGGUCAUUAUGGCUAUCAUUACUUUCACUUUUCUUCACAAGAAAACUGAAGACGGGCGUGUAUGGAUGUCUUUCCGACUCCUUGAGGUUGCUGGGGAUUCAAUCUGAUUAAAUCAUCUGAUCUGUGAAUGUAAUCAUACGUAAACAAGGCGCCGUUAUACUGCGUAAUUUACUGUUAAAAUUACUCUAUUCGAAGUGUCUGAGACGUCAUCUACAUCCAAAGUGUGCAACAUGAGGAUAUUUCUGGGAAUGUUCAUGGCGUUACUUGUGUCAGGUGGUGAGGUGACUAUCAACGUCGGAAUCUCAGAUCGCAAUGUCUCUCUGCCAUGCAACUGCACAGGGAGACCCUUGAAUUCGAUGCUUCAGUGGCAGAUGGAAAAACCAGUAAAGAAAGCGCUCUGCACAUACAACACUAGCACUUCCAAUUUUUCUGGAUGGAACUGCAGGCUCAAAGUGUUUGAGGAUAGCAACAACUGUUCUCUACUCCUAAACGACAUCACAGCGAAGGACCAUGGGAAAUACAUAUGCGCUUUUUACAAGCCAGGGUACAAACAAGAGCAUAUAAAUCUGAAUAUCUCUGCCACGUACUAUGUCUGUGAGAAGAAUUCUAGUAUGAAAAGUUUCCAGUGUGACAUCAGAGGAGACUACAAAGAUGCUGAUAUUUCGUGGAGACUGGAUGGAAAGCCUCUUACCAACUCCUCCAUGUAUAUCAUAUCCCGUAAGGACACAUGGGAUGCUUCCACUGGCCUCUACCAAUUCAAAACUGUAUUAACCACCUAUCAAAACAUUUCUUCAAAACCUACAUGUCAUGUCAAGGCGAAAGUCAUAUCAACUAAAACUGAACGCUGCGAGGAAGAGAAACUUCCAGAGCCUGUGAAAACACCAGAACUCGGAUAUGCCAGGAGAUGCACAGUGAUAAUUCCGCUUACGUUGGCGUUUGGCGUCUUUCUGUUUCUGUGCCAUCGUUGGAGAAUUUCCCGAAGUUUGAACAGGAGGAGAGAAGAAGACACGCCUUUAAAUAAACACACAGAACUUAAUUGUGACAAUCUGUGAACAUUUCUGCUGUUUAGUAUAGGCAACCUGCCAGCAGACGGUUUGCAGGCAGGUUGAAUCCUGUCUUUACUGUGAGCUCUUUCUGAAUAUUUGCAGGCAAGUGUUCAGGCUCAAUGUGAUUAGAUACACCCAAGAACCCUACAAAAUGUUUGUCAUCAUAACAAAGCCAGAUGUGUGAUCCCUUGUUGAUUCUGUUGAUGCCAAUAAUGAUGCUUAUGUUCUUCCAUAAAAAAAGCAGUAUUAGAGCAGCUGUUUUUUUUCAAGGUAAAAAACGAUUGACUUUAUAUACAAAAAUCUGAAUUGGUUUAAACAUACUUAGUGUUAGCACUCUGAGGAAUAUUACAGUGGCUUUUGAUUUAAGUACAAUGAUAAAUGUCCAUUAUUACAGAAUUACAGCAUAAAACUGACUCCAUUUGAUAAUUUAAUGUCCUAUACUGUCAAGAUAGGUGUUCCUUUAGUGCAUCAUAAAAUCAAAGAAGGCACACUUAAAUACAGAGAGAUACACUGCCCGUCCCAAGAAAAUUUGCACACUCUAAUACAGGCAUGUCCAAAGUACGGCCCGGGGGCCAAUCGCGGCCCAAGGUCCAUUUAUUUAUGGCCCCAAGCUUCCAUUAUAUUAUAGCAAAGAAAUUAAUCACAUAAUGAAUCAUAAGCACAGGGAAUUCUGCAAGAUGGCAAUAAAGAAGAAACACAAGAACUCUUAAAGUUGACAGGUUUUCAAAUUAAUGUUUUUAUCAUGAUGUGAAAAUGUUUUUGAUGAACAUAAAGUUCAGAAGACACAAAAGAGGACACAAGACAAGAUCAAAAUUAUGAAAUUUUGCAGAAAGGCAAAAUUUGGUGCAUUAAACUUUUUAAAAAUAAUUAUUUUGUUCUAAAAAUGUUGUCUGCUGGUCAGAAAAGUCUAAAAAAACAACAUGAAAAAGAAGUGUGAUGAAAUCCAGUCAUAGAAAAAUAAUGAGAAUAUUUUCCCACAUUGCCAGACCCUAAUGAAAAUAUUUUCCUCCAGAAGAAGAUAAAGUUUGCCAAUGUUUAUGUAGCUUGUGGAGAACCGAGGAAUACCUAGUUACUGAUUUAUUAAGGAAAAAAAACAUUAUUAAAAAGAGUUCAUAUAUAGCUUUUAUGAUAACUAAGGCUCAGUAGGAGCCACUGGCCCUGAGGAAUUCUGACAGCAUCAAAUGUAGCCCUCUUUGAAAAAAGUUUGGACACCCCUGCUCUAAUAUUUUGUUGGACCGCAUUCAGCUUUGAGUACGGCACACAUUCACUGUGGUAUCGAUUUGAUACACUUCUGCAAUGUCAAAACAUUUAUUUCCAACCAGAGUUAGAUUCACUUCUUAAGAUCUUGUAUUGAUGAUAGGAGAGUAGGACCGCUGCGCAAAGUCUUCUCCAGCACAUUCCAAAGAUUUCCAAUGGGGCUGAGGUCUAGACUCUGAGUUGUUUGCUUUGCCAAUUAUCUGACCCUUCUGAAACAGAUAAACAUCCUUUCCACGAUUACAGGAUAUGUCUUCGGACCUAGUUGCCAGCUGAAACAUAUUCAUCACUGCAGUAAUUAUCCAAUGGAAGGCUCUUACCUAUUUGCUCCAUUAAAUCCAGGUGGAGAUUUUUUUUUUUUUGAAGGGCAGUGUAUGACUAAACCAAAAGGUAAUGUCUGUUAGAUUUCCUACUUAGAACCUACACUUGAUGCUUCCACCAGGACUUAUCUUUAGUCUGAAAAGAUGUUAAUGCACUCCCAUAACUUGGGAACCAUCCUGCUGGUCAGGAUGAUUUAUCCAGUACUCAGCUCAUAUUUUCUUUUACUAAGCUGCCUUACUUCUCCGAACCUGCAAACUGAACCUAAACCUUGGCAAAUCUGGGAAGAUAAUGAAUUGCAAAAAUAUGUAAACUGCUGAAACCUGUGGACUUAAUGAAGGUUUAUGAAGAUAUCAGAUAACUUACACUGAAGGUGCUUUGCUGAGAAGAUACAAAUCUACUUUAACCUACACAUCCAGUCACUGAGUUUUGUCUUUAUUUUUGUCUUUAGUAUAAGCCUUUUUUUUUUUUGCAUUACUUAAUCACUUUGUGAAAUUCUUUACUGUGAAUAUUGUUUUUUUUCUGUUGAUGUUGUAGUUAAUUUGGUUGGGUAAUUGUUUUUGUAAAGGGGCUAUGUACAAUGUUAAACCUAAAUGUUUCCAUUUGAUGCAUUGUAUCACAGUUGGCUUCAAGCCUUUGGUAAACAACACAAUAUAGCGAGUGAGCACACCAAAUUCUUCCAUGGUAUUAUCAUUGAAUGUUUUUUACACGUUGAGACAAUUGGCUGUAUAUGUAAUGUAAUGUAUACAAUAUAAUUAAAUAUACACUCAGGAAUAAUACAUUAAAAAGAUAGGAUGUUUCUAUUACUUGCCAAGUUAAGCUCAGGUGUGCUAUUGUAGGCUACAUGUAGAGAGUGGUCGAUAUAUUCAUCCAUCCAUCCAUUAUCUUGACCGAUAUCCCGUUGGGGGUCAUGGGGGGCUGGAGCCUAUCCCAGCUGGCUUCGGGCGGAAGGCAGGGUACACCCUGGACAGGUCGCCAACCUAUCAAAGGGCUAACACAGAGAGACAGACAACAAUUCACGCACACACUAACACCUACGGGCAAUUCAGAUUGAUCAAACAACCUGGUGGGCAUGUUUUUGGACUGUGGGAGGAAGCCGGAGUACCCGGAGAGAACCCACGCAUGCACGGGGAGAACAUACAAACUCCACACCUGCCCGACCAGGGAUUCCAACCAGGAACCUUCUAGCUGUGAGGCAACAGCGCUACCCACUGCACCACCGUGCAGCCCCGAUAUAUUCAUCUCGUGGUAAUUAUAAUCUCCACAAAAUAAUACUUUUGAGGCAUAAAUGUGUGUUGUAUCUCUUCAAAAAUUGUAAUUUCAUCAUUACUCCUUUACUGAAAGAUAUAACAUGUAUCCAGUGGUAGACAGUAACAAAGUAAAUAAUUCUCCACUGGAGCACCCAUGGCCAUAUCUUCAGCCCAUGUUAGAGGUUUUGAAAUGUUCUCCUUGUUUCCCACUCUGCCCAAACAUACAAACAUUCACAGUCCAACCUGAGAAAGCGUGUUGAGCUACGCAACAUUUGUUUCAUUCCAGAUGAACAUUUCAAACUAAGUUGUCUGUGCUUGGAGUAACUUUGUUGCUUUUUUUAUUCCAUGGUAUAGUUUUUGAGAUUUCAAGUAAUGGUUUCUAAAUAAACAGAAUGUAACAAAAUGCACUCCUAUGUAUUCUUGACUGCACUUAUGUAUUUAGAAAUACAACGUUUGAGAUUUUUUUAAAAAGUACUUUGAAUACUUAAGUAUUUUCAAAAUGAAGUACUUCAGUACUUUAACUCAAGUAAUUAUUUGACAUAGCAACUUUCACUUGUAUUGGAGUAAUAUUUGACCAGGAGGAUCUAUACUUUGACUGGUGAAGAAGGCCAGCUCUGUCCUGGGCUGCCCACUGGACCCUGUGGAGGUGGUGGCUGACAGGAGGAUGAUAGCAAAGCUAUCUUCUCUGAUGGACAACACGUCACACCCCCUCCAGGAGACCAUAACAACACUGGGUAGCUCGUUCAGUGACAGACUUCUUCACCCGCGGUGCCUCAAGGAGAGAUGACGCAAGUCUUUUCUUCCUGCAGUGGUCAGACUCUAUAACCAUUAACAACUACAUCUCCUAAACGGACUCAAGAGCAAUAUUUCCCCAAUCCAGUUCAUCCUUCUCUUCUUACAUGUGCAAUACGUCUUUCUACCCAUCUUCCCAGUUCUGUUCUGUACAUUGUUUAUACCUAGGCUACAAGUCUGUGCACAUUUUCACCACGUCAUUGGUUUUGGAAAUAUUUGUAAAUUCACUUAUUUAGUUGUGUAUAUAUGUAAUAAGAUAUGCUUAUUUUUACCUCUUUAAUUUGAAUUGCUAAUAACUUUUUAAUAAUUGCUAGGCUCUUGUUUGCUUUAUACUCUUUUGCACUGUCUACUUUGCUGCUGUGACACUUAAAUUUCCCCGUUGUGGGACGAAUAAAGGAUGUUUUAUCUUAUCU